AGAACCUCAUCUGAAGACGAGGAUGCCGAGAUUCUUGCUGACCCUGGCUGUCUUCACAGCUGUGUAUAUUGUUCUCACACCCGUGGCAACAGAGGAGGUUUUUCACAUUGAUGAUCACUGCUGGACAAAUGGCACCCACUAUCAACUCGGGAACGCCUCCGUCGUGUCUAUGUAUCCCUGCUGGGUGGCUUUUUGUAACAACGAACAAAAACUACUUGUCCAUGGAAAUCGGUGCGGAGCGGGACCAGACAUAAUGUACGGGAAAGAGGAGCUGAAAAGUUUGCUCUCGCGCUACUGCUAUCCCUCUGCUAAAUCGGAGCUCCCCGGGGAUCAGUGCUGCGGGGGUUACCCGAUCUGUUUUCACAAGGGGGUCAACAGAAAAUAUUUUAACAUCGUUUAUUACCUGAAAAUCCUGAUUGACUGGCAAAACGGUGUGUACAUUCCGAAUUUGUAUAGACAUAUCUUGGGUAAAUAAAAGACAUGUAUU